UAAAACUGUGAAUCUCUUAAAGUCUUUAAUUUUUUUUUUCUAAGUUUUAUGUUUGAAACAGUUUUUUUGAACCGACGCUCAGCUACAAAACGACGCUUGACAUAUCUCAAAAUGGUCCCAAAUUUUUGAUAAUUAACGUACUUAAAUUUUUUUUACUAUGACCAAUUUCGAAUCCUUAUUGUUAUUAGUGUGUGAAGUGUUUAUUGAUAUUCGACCUAAAUUCUUGUUAAUUCGGGAACAAUUCCGUUAAAAAACAUGAAUUUCAAAAGUGAAACUAAUUGUGGUAACGAGAAAUUUUAUCAAAAUGAACAGCAACAAUUAUUAUGGCAACGGAAAGUUAAUGAGGAAAAUAUGACGGAAAAACAAUUUCAAAAAUUAAAUAUAUCCGUGAAUGAUAAAAAAUUUCAUAAAAAAUCGGAAAAUAAUAAUUGUAAUAAUGCGUCGGUUAAUCAUAUACUCGAACCUUCGGCGUUAAAAAAUAAUAAUUUUCAUAAUUUUAAUAAUAAUAAUGAAAAUGUGAGAAAAUGUUUGACAUGGGCUUGUAAGGCUUGUAAAAAGAAAAAUAUAUCGGUUGAUCGGCGACGUGCGGCUACUUUACGUGAGCGUCGAAGAUUGAGAAAGGUGAACGAAGCAUUUGAAUUAUUAAAGAAACGAACUUGUGCAAAUCCCGGUCAACGUUUACCAAAAGUUGAAAUAUUACGUAGUGCAAUUGAAUAUAUUGAAUGUUUAGGCGAAAUGUUACAAAAUGGUACAUCUUCAACAAUACAUCAUACAAACUGUGAUUUUUCAUCAAAUGUUACAAAUAAAUUAAUUAAUAAUCCAAAUUUUCCAAAUAGUCAACAUCGAUUUAAUGUAAAUGAUUGUCGAUUUUCAUCGAAUAACAAUAAUAAAAUCAAUGCUGAAAGUAACAACAAUACAUCAAGUCUUGAUUGUCUUACACUUAUUGUACAAAGUAUUACAAACCAACAGAAAAAACAACAAUUUCAUGACAUACAACAAAAAUUACAAGAAUUGUAAAAAUUCAAAAAUAGAUUUUUGUCUAUUUUGAUUAAA